AUGGACCUGUCCAUCCCCCCGCCGCCAGACCUACCUGUGUGCAUGUUUGAUUCCUCUCUCUGCUCCCCCAAAGAUGCAGUGGCCCCGAGUGCCCGUAUUUCUUCUUCGGGAGACAGACAUGCUUUCCCCACAAGGCCCUGGGAUCAUCAAAUCAUUGGCAGCCGGGAUUGCUCACCACCUGCAACGUCUUUUCGGAGGAGGCGGCUGGCACGGAGGCCGGGCUACAUGAGAGGCACAGCUGGGCCCCAGAUCGGGUUUCUCUACCCAGCAGUGGCCACUCCGUUACGGGCCCAGGGAGCGGCGUGCAGGGAGGAGUCCCUCCAGUCUGAGUCCAGGGCCAGACACUGUGGCCUUGAACUUGGAGGCCAGUGGCGAGGCCCCUCUGUUGGGAGCCCAGCAGCCUCGUCUCUGACCAUUGUGGGCCACCCAGGCCUGGCUCUGACCGCUGUGAGGGGACCCUCGGGGCUCUUUGGGAUUCAGCUCAGAGCUGACACCAAACUACCUGCCAGGCUCACCAGGUCGUGUGGCCCUGGGGACACUGGGUGGCAGGGGGCGCUCCCACCCAUGGACAGUUCUGAGGCCCCAGGCCCUGGCCGGGAAGCUGCCGGCGGUGAAAGAGCAAAGGGCACCUGGACAAAAGGCUGUCUGUCCUCAGAGGAGGGGAAUGGCAGCAGGUGCAACCUUGAAAGUGGCCCCAGGGUCCCCUCUGCCCCGGCCGGCUCUCAGGAUGGCUUCACCUCCAGCUUUAGCUUCAUACGGCUCUCGCUCAGCUCUGCUGGGGAACGUGGGGAAGCGGAAGGCUGCCCGCCGUCCAGAGAUGCUGAGGCCCCUUGUCAGAGCCCCUUGGAGACGGAAGCCAAGGACGCCAGCUUGGACAGGCCCCACGCACACCCUCGACUUCUCUCUCCCCACUUCAACGUCAAGGCUGCUCAGAGCCUGGCCGACCCUGCCCAGAUGGCAGCAGGCAGCCCCCGGCUGGAGUGUGAGACGCGUUCUUUACCGGACGUGGACACUGCCUCCUCCUGCCCCCUGGUCCCCUCGUGGUCAGAGGGCAGCGGCGUGGGGGAUGCUCCCCGUUGGGAAACACUACUCAGGAGGUGCGAGCCUGUGCUGCUGGACUGCCUGCUGAGUGACCAGAGGCAGCUGGAGGUAAAGUCCUUAAGAUUAAAGCUUCAGAAACUUCAAGAAAAAGCAGUUGAGGAAGAUGAUUAUGACAAGGGUGAGUGCUACUGGGCACACCACCUCCGUGCCACUGCCUGCCUCUGUGUGGCUUCCGGAAGCCCCUUGGCCCCCUGUACCCUUGGUGCUGGUGGGAACACCACCCUUGUGUUCCUUUAUGGCCCCCCGAUACCAAUGGGGCAGGUCCUGGGCACCAUUAGGCCUUGUCCAGGGAACCGCAAUUCCCACGUGACUGGUUUCCGAGAUUCUGCCCCGUAUGGUCUCUUCCCAGGGGAGCAGCCGGCUUAUCCUGUUCAACAAGACCUCCGGGAACGGAUAAAAACCCUCAACUUGUCCCUGAAGGAACUCACCGCUAAGGUGUGUAUGAGCGAGAGAAUCUGCAGCACUCUCAGGAAGAGAGUAAAUGAUAUUGAAAUCCAACUGCCGGCGCUGCUUGAAGCCAAAAUGCUAGCCGUAUCAGGAAACCAUUUCUGUACAGCCAAGGAGCUCACGGAGGAGAUGAGAUCACUAACAUCGGAGAGGGAAGGGCUGGAGGGACUCCUCGACAAACUGCUGCUGCUGAGCUCCAGGAAUGUCCAGAAGCUGGGAAGUGUGAAGGAAGACUACAGCAGACUGAGAAAGGAGCUGGACCAGGGGGAAACUGCCCACGAAACGAGUGUGAAGGAGAAUACUACGAAGUACAUGGAAAUCCUUGAGGAUAAACUGCGUAGCUGCAAGUGUCCACUGCUCGGAAAAGUGUGGGAAGCUGACUUGGAAGCUUGUCGGUUGCUCAUCCAGAGCCUACAGCUCCGGGAGGCCAGGAGCGCCCUGUCCACAGAAGAGGAGAGGCUUAUAGAAGACUCAGGGGGAGCUACCGGUCCAGCCACUCCUGCCAUCCCCUCCAGGCUCCACUCUGAAGACGAGAGGAGGAUCCCUUGGCAGGCCUUCGAAGAGUGGCAGGUUCACCUGACCGCAUCUCUGCACUGCGCUGGCAGCGAACAGAAGGAGGAAUCUUGGGUCCUUUCUGCUGAACUUGGAGAAAAAUGUGAAGCCAUCGACAAGAAGCUCUUGCACUUGGAAGAUCAGCUGCACGCGGCAAUUCACAGUCAUGAUGAAGAUCUCAUUCAGUCUCUCAAGAGGGAGCUCCAGAUGGUGAAGGAAACUCUGCAGGCCAUGAUCCUGCAGCUCCAGCCAGCAAAGGAGGCGGGAGAAAGAGAGGCCUCAGCUUCCUGUGUGACAGCUGGUGUCCGGGAAGCUCAGGUCUGAAGCAGGACAGCGUGGGGGGCGGAGGGGGAGUGGCCACGCCAUCAAUAUAGAUGCGUGGGAGGCCUCGCUCACCUCCCCUGCAUGACCCAUGUGCCUGAAUCCACUGUGGAGAUAGGGCCUGGAGGGCUCCCUGCAGGGAGGUGGUCCCUGUUGGCUCUCCUGGGGCCGAGAUCCUGGAGACCGCAUAUGGGAAUACAGGAGGGGACCGAUCUGAAUUUCCUUCCGAAUGUCAGCCAGAGGCACCUGCCCCGUGUCCCUACCGCGAGUCUUCUGCGCAAGACUUGAGCGUCUUCUCGUCUCAGCCCCCAUUAGACAGAAGUCGGGGGUGAAUCCUGCUAGAAAAAUGUCCCUUUCCCUGUGCCGUCUUGCUUUCUGCUGCAAUUAAAAUAUCUCCUGAUUUAAGAACCCGUUACAAGGAAACUAAAGUAAGUCUCUCUCUCGCCACACCUGUUAUACUUUCCUACAGGCACAUGAUAUAAGAAGGCUAAUUAACCCCAGAAUCUGGAAUUAACAGCUUUUCCCCUUCUCCUGUGAGUCACUAAAAUCUCAGAAGAAUUAAUAUGAAGAAUUCCAAAAGAGAUUCCUUUAAAGUAACAGCCUGUCAGUGAGGUACAGUCAUUCGGUUUUCCUAUCGUGACAACACCUGUUUGUGCGGCAAGGGUGUUUCACCGGGACAUCCCGAAGUUCACCCGCAAUGACAGCAGGAGGGGGAGCAGGGGCAUGAAGGGAUCGGGUGACAUGUUUAAACAUCUGGGCCUCUCCCGUUUUCCUCGCAAACCUGUUUGGCUCAGUGCCAGGCAGGGCAUCGACGUGGAAACCUUCAGUGCGGUAUAGUAUUCUGCACUGAGUCAGUGCCUGCUCAGUGGGGCAGUGCAUACUCCGGAAGGCAGUGCAUACUCAGGAAGGCAAUGCAGUACUCAGGAAGGCAGCACAGGCCUCUGUAAGGUAGUAAAUACUCAGUAAUGUGGGGCAUUGCAGGCCCCUCCCUGCGGAGGCAGCUGUAAAACAGGCUACGUUCAAUUAGCCAGCAUUUCCCAAGGUGCAGGGAGCACAGCAGCCUCUAAGAGAUGCUCCACAAAUGAACGGGUCUCCCUCGGUCAGAUCCGUUUGGGAAAUACGCCAUGCCAUCAUUUCCGGUUGGAGAGCCACAGUGCACAUUAGCAUAUCAGACUGGGACAGAGCUCAGUAAAGAAACCCGCUUGAUUUUUUUUUUUUUUUUUUUUUUGGUUUAACCUACACUUUAAUGGAUCAUAGAUUUUAUUAAAGUCCUAUUAAGACCCUGCCAAUCUAUGUUGUGCAGCACCGCGUUCUCUGGGGGAAGUCAUGGUCCAAACAAAUACUGAUUUCCAUCAUGUACACGGCUGUGACAGCAGCCAGACUCAAGCUUUUGCACAGUGUUGAGCUUAGGAACUGCUUGCCACAGUUUGAUAAGUCUAAUUGAUUUGUUGAGGGUUUUUUGGUUUUUCUUUUUUUUGUUGUUUUUGUUUUUGUUUUUUUUUUUGCUUCUGUUCUCAUUUAUACUUACAAGAAUAGUGAUGGCCCUCCUUUCGUUAGGAUCCGUGGGGGCUGGACAGUUCUUGUCAUUUCCUGAAAUCGCACUGUCAUUUCCGGAAGCCAGCUGGUGCUUUGCGAAGCCUCCCGUGCUGGGCAGCACUCGUGUCCUCAAAGAGAUGCCCUGCUUCAGCCAGCACCUGGCCAGGGUCCAGAGAACAAAGCGAAAGCACAACAUGUGAAUUUGCUGAUUGUGGUUCCUCAAUUUUAUCUUGAGCGUUUAAAAAAAUACACUGUACACAUUUCAAUAAUAAGUAUAAUUAAUUUGCUCUAGGAAUUCUUGUUUUUUUAAAUGAUGGACCAAAUUAGUGAAUUAUUUAUGAUCAUGUCAGGAAGGUGUGAUGUCCUUGUGACAUGCCGCUUGGAAUCCUUGAAUCCUUGAAUUAAUUCCAGUGAAGCCAAACUUGGGAAGAGUCAGGAUUGACCAUAUCACCAGUAACAAAUGUCUACUUUGACAUGCAUCAUUUUGGGAAGGCUCCCAGACACAAGACAUCUUAACAGGCACUAAGCCACGUGUUUCGUGUUACUCAGAUACCAUCAUGAGUGUUUCUGUGACGUCAUGACGUAUUUGAAAAUUCUGGAAGCUAAUAACAGCUGUCAAUGUGCCCCAGAUAAGAGUUCUCUAGGACCUCCAAGUGAACAGUGUGUUUGUUUCUUUGUCGAGACGCCUGAGUAAGUAUCAGGGCAGGUGAAUGAUGCUCUAACCACGUGCUGCCACCCAUCUGUACUUUAUGCUGCUGUCAGAGUCAACCAGGAAGCCUGCUAAAGGCCAGCAUGUUUCCUCUGGCCACAUGACCUCCUCAGGACAAGUCCCUUCUUCAGCCACUGUGACCUUCGAGGACCCGGGACCUUGUGUUCCAAACCAUAAUAUAGGACAGUUUUUGUCAGGGCCUGAAUUUAAAAUCACCAAAACCACAAUGCAAAUUGAAGCUUUUACGGAGACAGUCAAGACCACAAGCCAAAGUGCAGAUUGAAAAUGGUGACCUGGAGUCUGAUUUCCCUGUGACGUGGUAUGACAGAAUGAGUCACAGGUUACUCUGCCCACCAGGCUGAGAUGCUGGCAUUCAAAUGGCCGCCCGUUUAUCUUAGACCAGCCUGAGUUAGGGCAUGAUCUCAUUUGGUAACAAUUCUGUUCCUUCCAACUUCCUGAAAUUUCAAGAUCGAAAUGAUGUUCCCCCAAAUCUAACAUUGGAAACCUUUCUUCCUCUGUAGUAAGGCUGGAUUCCCCACUCCAGGAAUGUGGAAAGGCUCAACUGUGUGCACUGGGACUGUCCUAAGACCUCUAUAAUCAUUAUCUCAUUAAAUUCUCGUAUCAGCCCUAUAGAUGUCUGUAGAUGACGAAACAGAGCCUUCGAGGACCAGUGAGCUUUCCCCAAGGCACAGAGCUGGGGACCUGUGGAGUGACAGUAGGGGUCAGAGACGGGUAGAAUGCGCUUCCUAAUAUGCUUCAAUGUCUUUUUGAGGCUUCGAGCCAUGGGCAUGAGCAUGAUCACCUUGGGAAUCCUGCUAGGGAACCCUCAGCUUCCCACACCUUGGUAAGCCCCAGAAGUCCGGCUCAGCUCAGACAGGCUUCAACAGACCUACCCACCCUGCUGUCCUAAUCAACCAUUCAGGCCCAAUCCACUACAAAAACCAUACCAGGAACAACCAUUUACUGCUUGGCAAUGGAGAGAUUUUCUUGGAAAUCUGAAAAGAAAUCAUUCAGAAAAAAGAAAGAAACCCUUCCUGAAAGCAUUCGAGAAAACAACAUUGUACCCUUUGGUUAAUGCCUCCUUGUAUAAGUGAUUGAGUACUUUUAUUUUUAAUAUCCUCACCUUAUCUAAUCUGUGAAUUUUGUCAUAUAAUUUAUUGCUUCAUAAAUUUUACUCUUGUUACAUGAAAUUAAAGCUGAUAUCCAAACCGUGGUGCACCUUUAACAUUUUUUUUUUUUUUUGGUCUUCUGGAGUAUGGAUGAUAGAAAAAUGUAUCAGGUUUAUCCAUUUCAUCUUUUUGUUACAGGAUGAUUGAUUGUACAGUUACAUUGCACAAAACGUUUCUAAUAAAGCAAUGCUUUAAAA